GGGAGGGGCCAUCGUGUACUUUCCGUGAACUACGGUGGCCCGGAGGGGGUAGGGCUCAAUGGAAUGGCGUUGCGAGUGCGGAGUUCCGUGAGCAGGGUUCCGGGCAGGAGUAUCCUUGACAACAGUCCAAGUCCCGCCCUGUGGGAGGCGCCGUGUGGGAGCUGGGGAAGAAGUGGUGCGCCAGCAGACAGCGCGUGCGGACGUUGCCGUCUAGCCUGGGAACGCGGCCACGGCACUGCUCAGUAAGGUCCAGUGGAGACCCUGCGUGAGACCUCCAGUGCGUGGGGCCAGGAGCCCCGCACGAGGCCUGCCCUUGCUGGAGAAAGGCGUGUUUGCCCCUGAAGCAGGAAGGAAAGGGCACGGAAGAGCUUAAGCAAAGAGGCAGCACCUCGUGCAGACCCAGAGGCGCAGGGAACCCUCCAGGGUGACUAAAUGAGGGGGCGUUGCACCCUCCUGCCUGAGAUACAGGACCCUGGUCACCAGGUCUGCUGUUGGAGCCUGACAGGGCAGGAGUGGAACCAGCCAGCCCGAGCUCCCCGGCACAUGGCUGCUGUCUGGAAGUUUGAAGCUCCCCGGCGCAUGGCUGCUGUCCGGAAGUUCGAAGCUCCCCAGCACGUGCCUGCUGUCCGGAAGUUUGCCUCCUCCCUGCUUGAAGAGGCUGACAGACCCCUUUUGUUUUUUCUGGCAGAGUUACUGCUGUCCCGGUUGGGAGAGGGAACCUGAAUCCUGGAAGGCAGCGUUUGUCCUCAGUGCUUCACCUUCUUGGAUUAUCACAACAUCUUCAUUAAUGGAACAGGACGAAUGAAGUAGCCUUGGAGGCUACUUGUAUUCAUGCAGGUGUGUCUGUGGCCUUCAUCAGUGUUUUAGAGGACAGUGUGGUAAAGGAGGGUUGUGCCCAGUCACCACCGAAGCCGCCGCACGCCUGUCAUCGCCAUUUGUCCGUUAGCUGCCUGGCCUGCGAGCACUUGUGUUUGUAAAGGGUUUUCCUGAAGAAACAUCUUACAGAUUUAUGUUUUUUCUUAAGAUAUGAAUAUUGACAAGUUGAAGUUGUCUGCCUUCUCCUGAGAUACAUUUUGGAAGUCAGAAUGAUAGCUUCCUGUGAAGUUUUGGAACAGUUGUACAAGACAGUACUUCUGGGAGCCACACUCGAAAGUGACAGCCAUGAUUACAUCUGUCAUCUCACCCCAGCAGUGGCAGGUCAAGGCGGCCCCAGCACCACCUCCGCAGAGUGGUCGGACGCCUGUGGUGACCAGGACAGGCGUCAGCCAUCCUCCGUCAGGCUGGCUCCUGUCCCCACAGCACCUGUGUGUUGGACGACAAGCUCACAGAGGAGCAGUGCCCGAGAGACAGUGCUCCUUCAGUUAACAGUGAUCCAAGUGAUGCUAGCCAGGGUGUUUUCCAUCAGCAUCGAGAGCCGCUCGAAGGAGAAGUACAGAGAUGUAAUCAAAACUCUCUUACAGUCAGCUGAAGUCGAUUCAAAAUUGAUCUGUAUGUUCCAAAACUCGGAUAAAUUGUUAUCCCACAUGGCCGCAAAGUGUCUUGCGUUGCUUCUGUAUUUCCAAUUGAGAGAAAAGAUACCAUUAAGUGAUUCUUGGAUUGCUUUUUGCCAAAAACAUCUUUCUGAAUACCCGGAGAGUGACAAAGCAGUAUACUGCCUCUCUACCCUUACAGUAGUAAUAAAAGAAAUCUUGAAAGAUACAAGCUCACAAAAAACAGAAAUUAUAAAGCAGCUCCUGACCCCUUUGGACACGACUUUUGAAGCAUUCUAUAAUUCUGUAUUUUCUCAGCAUUUUGAACGCUGCCGAGACACUUCUAAAGUAACAAACAGCUUGAUGAGCUUCCUGGGGUUGCUGGAGCUGCUCACCGCCUCCGGCGUCUACCUGCAGGCGCGUUUCGCCUGCCAGAGGGUCGUGCUUCUGAAGCCCUCUUGCAUGCUGGGCGUCAUGACCUGGCCAGUGCAGGCUUUUGUCAAGAGGCAGCUCAUCAUACUCAUCAAGAAAUGCCUUCUCUGUAAAGCGGGUGAAGACCUGUGCCGGGGACCCGUGCCCGCUUUCUUGUCGCCGGGCCACCCUGCAGACGCCGACACGCUGGCCCUAGCUGAUGCCGUUUUGCGGGCGGUGGAUCUGGGGUUGUUGAAGAAGUUGUCUGCUCGUGGAAAACCGUCCUGCUUUGGAGGUGACAAGGUUCAGCCCCGAGGGGAGCGGAUCUGCGCUCCAGAUUACGUGAUCCUCAGAGCAGUGAGCUUGGUUCUAAUGAAAUCCCUGGAAGUCAAGUUUCAGAAUUGCACUUCAGCAAAUGAAAUGAAAGCGGCUCUGCGGAGGUUCAUGUCUGAGCUCCUGGCGUUCCUGAGGCCUCACCUGCCGCCCUCGCUGCACGGCCCCUGUGAGUGGCUGCCGAGAGUCUUCAUAGAGCAAGAUGAUGACAUGCUGGAGGCUGCCAAGGCGGCACUGGGCAUCUACGUGAAGCUGACCAGAGAACACGAAGCCACUGAACGCCUGGCCCCAGGAGAAACGUGGGAUCGUCACAUGCAUGAGAACGGCUGCAAUCCACACUGCAUUUUCUUAUUCUUCUUAAAAAAUGUGGGAUUUGAUGCUUCAGUUCUUCUUGACUUCCUGAUUUCAUCAGAAACUUGUUUUCUUGAAUAUUUUGUCAGGUAUUUAAAACUGCUGCAAAAAGAAUGGGAUAAUUUCUUCACCAUUUGCAAGUCCUUUGACGGAACUGCACCUGAACCCGCCAUGAAUUCCUGUGGUCGUGUCCCCUCACUUGCCCAAGGCACAAGCUGCAGCCAGGCAGCACCCCCCCAAGUGACUGCUCUUAAUAGUCACGGCAGGCCUUGCGCGUGGCUCUGCAGGACUUCUGGUGCAUCUUGUGAACCCCUGAGCCAGGCCGUGACCCCCAAGGAGACCUGCACCAUGCAGGCUCACCGGCCGUCUUCCCCACAGGUCGCUCCAGGUCUGGUAGAUUAUGACAGCUCUGAUGAUUCUGAAGUGGAGUGCACAGGCCAGAGCGUAGCCAACAGCAAGCAAGCGUCUUUACACCCUGCAGCAGUCAAGGCAGUCCAGGACACAGCUGGCACAAGUGCUGGUCAAGAGCUGAGCCGAGAGACUCCGGCAAGGCCCCCGCUUCCAAAGGGAUCCGCCACUUCCUUCUCCACUGACUGUGAGGCGCCCCCCAAAGAUACUGCCUCUGAAGCAGGACUGUUUCACAGAACAGUAAAAUGCUUCAGAGAGCUGCAGGGUGCCAUUUACCGUUUGCAGAAGAAAAGUCUUUUCCCAUAUAAUGCAACUGCACUUCUGAGGCUGUUAAAACAUGUAGAGGCAAUGUAUGAUAAAAGUAUGGUCGCUUUGGGAAAUAGUGGCAUCUUAUCUCCAGGAACUGUUUUUCCUUAAUAGUAUAAAUUGUGCUUCAAUGAGAUAAUUAUGUUCUUUAAAAAACCUCUGGGGGCAAGUGUCAUGGGAUGCCCACAUCCCGUAUGGGAGUGCUGGUUCUGGUCUGACCUGCUCCGCUUCCAGUCCAGCUUUCUGCAUUAGAAUCUGGGAGAGCAGCACUCAGUGGCCUGAGGACCUGGGUCCCUGCUCCCCGAGUGGGCGACCCAGAUGGAGUUCUGGGUUCCUGGCUUCAGUGUAGCCCAGCCCCAGCAUCUGUGGGCCUUUGGGGAGUGAACCCGUGAGUAGAUUCUCUCUCUCUCUCUCUCUUACUCUAUCUCCAUUCCACGUCUUUCCACCUCUCUCCUUCCGUCCCUCCCUCUCUGUCUGGCUUUCAAAUAAAACUAUAAAUACUUUUUCAGUAAAAUAUUUUUUUAAAAAUAAAUCAGUAACCACAAAAGAUUUUCUCAAUAGAGUUCUUUUUUCUUAAUUGGAAGCAGCCUAAUGACUGGAAAACAUGAAAUGACAUCACUUUAUAUAGUUGUCCAUCACUUGGAGUGACAGCUACUGUGGUAGUUCAGACUUGUACAGCAUUUGGGGUGGUCACUGUAUUAGUUUCCUAGGGCUGCCAUAAGAAAUUAACACGUAUUGGCUGGCAUAAAACAACUUCAAUUUCUUCUCUCACACUUCUGGAGGCCGGAAGUCCAGGACCAAGGUGAGAGCAGGGUCACACCUCUGCAGCCUGCGGAGAAGAAUCCUCGCCUGACUCUCCCUGGGUUGUGCUUGACAGCAAUCCCUGACGUCCCUUGGCUCGUGGCUGCGUCGCUCCAGUCUCUGCCCCACGCGGCGUUUCCCUUGUGCACAUGUCUUUAUCCAAUGUUCCCCUUCUAGGGACCCUAAUUAAAAAAAAAAAAAAAAAAACAAAAAAAACAACCAUGGAGCAGCAGGGACACAAACUGGCACCCAUCCAUGAUGCUGGCAUCAGGCGGCAGCUUCAGCCCCAGUGUUCCUGUUUAAAUUGUGAUAUGGGGGUGGGUGUUUGGCACAGCAGUUAGGAUACUACUUGGAUGCCCUCGUCCCCUAUCAGGGCACCGGCUAGUUCUAGUCCUGGGUCAACUCCCAAUUCCAGCUUCCAGCUGUGUACACCUUGGGAGGCAGCAGGUGGUAGCUCAAGUGAUUGGGUUCCUGCCUGACCCACAUGAGAGACCUGAAUUGAGUUCUGAGCCCCAGGCUUGGGCCUGGCCCAGCCCUGGCUGUUGCAAACGUUUGACGGGGGUGAACCAGCGGUUGGAGGGUCUGUCUCUGUUUUGCUGCCUUUCACACAAAUUAAUUAAAAAGUAAGCUGUGAUAUAAUUACUCCUUCUGCUCUCCUGCCUUCAAGAUGGACUCUUGUCUGGAGCCAGCCUUGGAAACAGCAGAGCCUUCUCAAGGAAAGGUCACACCCCCUUUCUCAGGGAAAGGUGAGCCUUUCAAUACGUGUGAACGCCGUGUAAGUCGCUGUUUGGCUGUUUUGUUUAGGGAAUGAUGACAAGGAAAGAAAGUCUGUACAUAUUCCGUACGGACACAGUUUCUUUUUCCAGAUCUUCACUCCUUGGGUGGUUGAGUCCAUGGAUGUGGGACACAGGAGCACGGAAGGCUGACUGCUGUUGUGUGGUUACGGAAUUUGUGAGAAUGUACGAGAAAGUCACCAUGUGGUCGCCUCAGGAGACAGGUCUGAGGUGGAAGACUGAGUGCUCGUAGCUUUCUGUAUUCUAUUAAGCCGGGGGCAUAUUUUUUCAUAAAAAAAAUUUUUUGAGACAAGAAAACCAUUCCUGGAGGACAUAAAUGUUGCUUGUGGUGUAAGUGCAGUGUAACUCUUGCUUACGCAGACACGGCCUUUUCUAUAAUGUGACUGAGGACCCGUCAGCCCCUCGUGGGAUGUAAAAUGAGGGGAAAGCUUAUCUUAGAGGUGGGUGCUGGUGUGUCAGAGUCUGUGUACAGCUGACCCCAGUUUAUCUCACAGUAAGCCCUGCUGCUGCCAACCGUGUCCGAGGCUGUGAGGGGACUCUUGUCGGCCCUUCAGCCCAUCCCUGGGCUGUUCUAUCUGCUGGCUCAUUCCCCAAAUGGCCACAAUGACCAGGGCUGGGCCAGCCAGGAGCCUGGAACUCCUUCGGGGUCUCCCAUGUGGGAAGCAGGGGCCCAAGUGCCUGGACCUUCUUCCACUUUCCUCCCAGGUGCAUUACUGGAAAGCUGGUUGGGAAGUGGAGCAGCCAGGACUUGAACUGGCACUAUUAUGGGAAGCCAGCAUCCCAGGCGGUGGCCUAACUCACUGCGCCACCACACCAGCCCCUGUUUUUUUGUUUUAACGUAGAGCGCCAGUGAUACAGAAGAGAGCACGCCUGAGUGUAUGGCUCAGAAUUCUCAGAGUGCACCUGUGGGGCCGGUACCCAGCUGGCGACACCAGUGGCAUCUCACAAGCCCGCUUGGCUCCCCUGCAGUCACUGUCCCCCUCAAGGUAGAUGCGUCCUGAAUUAAGACUUUACCUUCACCUGGCCUUGUCCUUGCAUAAAUGGAACCCUGGGGAGUGUACUCUUCCUGGCAUCCUCUAUGGAGCAUUACUUGGGAAUGUGUUCUAGUUUAUUUUCUAAGUGGCAGGUAGCCACAUUUCGGCUGUGAUUAGUGAUACUUUACUCGUGACUCCUCACGAUUAUCUGUGACACACCUGGUGGACGGGCCAGGACAGCGAGGCUGACAAACACUGCUUGAACAAUAGUUUGCACUCCAACAGGUUGUGCAGGGCCUUGUGCAAUCGGCCCCAGCCUGCUCCCCAGCCUCACCCGUGCUCCUCCCCGACCCACGCCUCGCAGCAGCACAACCUUUUGUUCUUACGUAUUGCGUCGACCAGCCCAGCUUCCAGGGAGAUCUGGGAGGCCUUCCCAAGUGUCGUGAGCGUCGGAUUUUAGGGGCCUUGUAUCUCCACACUUUGCACUUCCUGUAGCAGCUGUCACAGGAUAUCCGGGUCACUCCUCCACAGUCUGUCCAUCGGCCAAGCUCGUUUUACAUUGCCCUGGUGAGCAGCAUCUGUCACAUCACAGGCACACCACAGCGAUGAAUAAAGAACAGAGCCUUCUCCGGGGACUUGGGACUCUGUGGGAGACAGGUGUGCAGGGCGUUAGCCCCUGAACAGGACACUGCGCCUCUCAGCUGCUGCCUCUGCUCUCAGUGCCCUUCUCAUCCUCCCGGGAGUGGCGGAAGGUGGGUAUUUCGUGAUCCCAGUUUGGCCAAUGAGAUUACGUAACCAUCCCAAGAUCACCCAGCUGGUGAGGGCAUGAGUCAGGUAGUCUGGUUCCAUCCUCAUUCUUCUCUCCAUAAUUUAUUCCCUGCCUUCAGGGCAGAAGCUAAUGGAAACGCACUGUGAAAACUAAGUGGUUGCAGCUUUGGCUAUGUGCGGUGGCUGGCAUGGAAGUCACCCGGGAAAGGUACAUGGAAGGGGCCGGCGCUGUGGCAUAGCAGGUAAAGCCGCCGUCUGCAGUGCUGGCAUCCCAUAUGGGCGCUGGUUCGUGUCCUGCUGCUCCACUUCUGAUCCUGCUCUCUGCUAUGGCCUGGGAAAGCAGUGGAAGAUGGCCCAAGUCCUUGGGCCCCUGCACCUGCAUGGGAGACCUGGAAGAAGCUCCUGGCUCCUGGCUUUGGAUCAGCGCAGCUCUGGCCUUCGUGGCUGUUUGAGGAGUGAACUAGCAAGUGGAGGAUCUCUCUCUCUCUCUCUCUCUCUAACUCUGACUUUCAGAUUAAUAAAUAAAUCAUUUUUAAAAAUAUAUUUUAAAAAAAUAAAGUACAUUGGAGUCAGAUCACCCAAGACCUACGGUGCCCAGAGCUGGGGACUUCUGACUGCUCUGGCAGUGGAGAGCUGAGGAGGGUUUUAAGUGAUGAAGAAAGUAGCUACAUGGACACACAAAAAGAUUGGAUACCUGCUGCACCAUGUCUACAGCAGCACUGUUCACAGUAACCAAAACACAGAGCUAACCAAGGGGUCCGUCAUGAUGUGAAUGGAUAAAGAAAAUGCGGUAGUGCACACCACGGACUAUUAUUCAGCUGCAAUAAGAGUGAGAUUCUACCAUUUGCGGCAAAGUGGUUGGAACCGGAAGACAUCAGGCUCAGUGAAAUAAGCCAGACACAG